CUGCAGCAUGCCGACUUGUCGCGUGACUAUCAAAAGGCGGAGCAAUUGAUACGCAUGCAUAACGACUCUGUAACCGACAUACAGAACACAACUUACGAGGUGCUACAACAGGGACAAGAUUUGCUUCAAAUGUUCGAAACUGCUGGCAUCAUUUCGAUGGCAGAUGCAACACACACAGCGCAGGCGCGCAUACAGUACCUCCUGGACUUUUUGGGUGAACGUGAAAUUGACCUUGAGGAACUGUCUGAGGCGAAGCGCGCGAAGCUGGAACAAGCUGUACAGUUGUGCCAGUUUCAAAAUGAUGCCAAUCAAGUAAUAUCGUGGAUACGUAAUGGUGAAGCAAUGCUGGUUGCCAGCUUUGUUACGCCAAAUAGCUUACAGGAGGCAGAGCAGCUACGCAAGGAACACGAACAGUUUCAGGUCGCCAUUGAGAAAACACACACCUCAGCCGUGCAAGUGAAAUAUCGUGCCGAUGCUCUCAUUAAUGCCAAUCAUUACGAUCCCCAAUCGAUACGUGAAAUUUCCGACGAUGUCACCAAGAAGUGGCAACAGUUGGUUACCUACGCUGAAGAGCGUCACAAACUAGUUACCGCCUCAAUGAAUUUCUACAAAACCGCCGAACAAGUGUGCUCCGUGCUCGAUAGCUUGGAACGUGAGUACCGACGCGAAGACGAUUGGUGUGGCGGUGGUGGCUCUAGCGACAAAGCGCAAACCAUUGUGCAAUUGAUUUCAAAGCAUCAGGAACAAAAGGAGGCAUUCCUCAAAGCGUGUACACUUGCACGUCGCACCGCCGAAACAUUCCUUAAAUAUGCAAAUCGUUCACAACAGUACUACAAGUAUCAGACGCAGGGUAAUUGCGAGACACAUGUUCGCACCAUACUCGACAAGUUGUUGACUCAGGAAAAUCAGGUGCUUGAAUUUUGGACACAACGCAAGAAGUCGCUGGAUCAGUGUCAACAAUUCGUGCUGUUUGAGCGUAGCGCAAAGCAGGCAAUCGAAUGGAUACACAACACCGGCGAGGCAUAUCUCUCGUCACGCACGAAUCUCGUGGGUAAGACCCGCGAAGAGACCGAAGGUCUGCUCAAAGAGCAUAACGAAUUUCGCGGUACCGCGAAGGAAACGCGCGAGCGUGUAAAACUGCUAAUACAGUUGGCCGAUAGUUUGGUUGAGAAGGGACAUGCGCAUGCUA